AUGUAUUGGCACGGUGGCUGCUUCUCAUACUCCAAAAACGACUUCCCCGAUCAGGAAACUUGUCAGUGGAAAUGCAUGGGAGUGCAUUCGUCACAUGCUUCAAAAGCGUGUCUGGACCCGUUCGAUCAGACGUACCUUGAGGACUGUCGACACGGCGAAUUCAGUACUCGCUAUUACUUCAACUUCGGUCGAAAGAAGUGCGAGUCGAUCCAUUGGGGCGGCUGCCAGUCGUCGUCCCAGAACUUCUUCGUCACGCAGGAUCAAUGUGAGCAGUUAUGCGAAUCGCCACCGCGUGAACUUGCUCAGUCAUGUUUGGAACCGUUCAACGACGGCUAUCGUGACUCCUGUUCGAAUGAUGGACACUUCAAACAGCACUACUACUUCGAUCUUACCUCAAAUACCUGCAGAAUGUUCUGGUUCGGAAACUGCCGUGGUACAGGCCAAAAUAUCUAUCCAACACUCGAGUCAUGCCAGUGGAUAUGUGAACGACGUCACGACGAACGAGUUCCAGCUUCUUGUAGUGAUGCGUUCGAUGAGAAGUACAAGGAAUCGUGCAGAGGUGGAGAAUGGGUAGAGAAAGUGUACUUCGAUCACGGCACUGGAAAAUGCGUGCAGUUUUGGUGGGAUGGCUGCACCUCGCCUUCUCAAAACAUUUUCAGUGAUUUGAAGACAUGCCAAGGGUUUUGUGAGCAGCCAGGUCAGUGCAUUUCAGGUCGUUCUGUGCUCUCGACUUCUAUUCGUCAUUCGAACAGAAGUUGGAAAGAUUAA